AUGACUGAUGGCUUGUGGGGCACAACUUUGACUGAAAACAUGUCAGAAAACAGGGAACUGUUUGUCCGAACCACACUGCGGGAGUUGCUUGUCUACCUGCUGUUUCUGUUGGAUAUAUGCCUGUUGACAUAUGGUAUGACCAGCUCAAGCACCUACUAUUACACUAAAGCCAUGACUGACCUGUUUGUGAAUACGGCCGGUGAAAGUGGGCUGAACUUCCAGUCCAUUAGCACGAUGGCCGACUUCUGGACCUAUGCUCAGGGCCCAUUACUGGAUGGGCUCUAUUGGACGAGAUGGUACAACAACCAGUCCCUCGAUAGUGGAGAUCAAUCCUUCAUCUACUAUGAGAACAUGCUGCUGGGGGUCCCCAGGAUGAGGCAGAUUAAGAUCAAGAACAACUCCUGCCAAGUCCACAGUGAUUUCCAAGACGAGAUCACAGGAUGUUUCGAUGUCUACAAUGACCAGGAGGAAGAUGAUCUCAGCUUUGGACUCAUCAAUAGCACCGCCUGGACCUACCACAAAGAAAAAGAGUUCAAAGGUUCCUCACACUGGGGGCUGCUAACCACAUACAGCGGCUCAGGCUACUAUCAGGACCUGAGUCAAACCAAAGAUGAAAGUGCAGCCAUCCUGCUGGAACUGGUGGACAACCUGUGGCUGGACCGAGGAACCAGAGUGGUCUUCAUUGACUUCUCUACUUACAACGCAAACAUCAACAUGUUCUGUGUCAUCAGGUUGGUGGUUGAAUUCCCAGCAACGGGUGGAGCCAUCCCAUCUUACCAGAUCAGAACAGUGAAACUGAUUCGCUACAUCACCCACUGGGAUUACUUCGUCCUUGCCUGUGAGAUGGUCUUCUGUGUGUUCAUCCUCUACUACAUCGUGGAGGAGAUUCUUGAAUUGCAAAUACACAAGUUGUCCUACUUUAAAAGCAUCUGGAACAUACUGGAUAUUGUAGUAAUACUGCUUGCCAUUGUUGCCAUCACUUUCAAUAUUUUCCGCACCAUCAAAGUGGACAGUUUGCUUGGCAACCUGCUGCAACAGCCUGACACCUAUGCUGAUUUUGAAUUUCUAGCAUUCUGGCAAAUGCAAUACAACAAUAUGAAUGCGGUGAACCUGUUCUUUGCAUGGAUCAAGAUUUUCAAGUACAUCAGUUUUAAUAAGACCAUGACUCAGCUGUCCUCCACACUGGCUCGAUGCGCCAAAGACAUUCUGGGAUUUGCCAUCAUGUUCUUUAUCGUGUUCUUCGCAUAUGCUCAACUUGGAUACCUGCUGUUUGGGACAGAGGUUGAAACCUUCAGCACGUUUGUCAAGUGCAUCUUCACACAGUUUAGGAUUAUUCUUGGAGACUUUGAUUACGAUGCCAUUGACCGCGCUAACAGAGUUCUUGGGCCAAUCUAUUUUGUCACCUAUGUGUUCUUUGUUUUCUUCGUGCUGCUGAACAUGUUUUUGGCCAUCAUAAACGACACGUAUUCUGAGGUCAAGGAGGAGCUCUCAUCACAAAAAGAUGAGCUACACAUUACUGACAUCAUCAAACAGAGCUACAUGAAGACAUUCAUGAAGCUGAAACUUAAGAAGGAGAAAAUAUCCAAUGUGCAGAAGGCGCUACAGUCUGGAUCUGGAGAAAUUGAGUUUAAGGACUUCAGAGAAACACUGAAGGAGAUGGGACAUGCAGAUCAUGAAAUUGCUGCAGCUUUCUCACAGUUUGACCAUGACAGGAAUGAUAUUCUUGAUGAAGCUGAACAAGAGAAGAUGAAAACAGAGCUGGAAGAAAAAAGGGAUGCCCUAUGUGCUGAACUCAACAAUCUGGGACAAAAAUACCAGAAUGACUUACUGGAGAAGCCUCCUGUGAACUCUCAUGAACAAACGAGUCAUCUUAAUCAAACCCGAGUGGAACCAGAGGAAUUUGUGAGACUAAGGAGGCAGGUUCUCCACCUUGAAAGCUCAGUAGCAAACAUCACGUCCAGGUUUGAGUUCAUCAUGGAGAACAUGAGCUUCCAUGAAAACAACAAAGAACCGUCAGGGAAACUGUCUGCAACCAACAAUCAGGCAGAUGAAGGCGUGUCAUAUGAUAAUGUGGAGCUGUGCACAAAGAGAGGCACGUGUGCUGAAAAACCAUCCAGGAGUCCAGCCCUUCAGACCACGCCCACAUACGACUGUCACCUGUGAAUCAAACAUCAUCAGCAAGUUUUCUGCACGUUCGAAACUUUUGGAUUCUUGACUUUGCAUCAAUGUUGUCAAAUACAGUUACUUUAGGCUUAAAAUC